CACUAACCAAAGCAAGUAGCGGCAGCACCAGGGAGAGUUGAAGUUAGAGCCUAUGCUGGUGAUCCUAGUGGACUCAUAGGCUUAGAUACAAUAACAGGGAGCCAAGCCACCUCUCUCUGACUACAGCGCCAACCAUCAAUACAUUGCUCUAAAACUUCAAAUUCAGGGUUUCUGCAUAUUCCAAAUUUCCAACUAUCCACAGAAACCCGCGAUCCGCACAAAACAGAAUACAGGCGUUUGAAAAACGCUGUUGAUUCCAGAGCGAGAUGGAGGUCGAACUCAAACAGUUGAACGCCGAUCUUCAAUUUCUGAGUCAAUCGCUUCCCGAUCCAUCUCACCAUGCUUUGCUCGACAAGAUUCAAUUGCGUGUUGAGGAACUUGGCAAGCUUGCAGCGGCUGCACCUGUUCGACGCUCCAAAGUCGAGGAUAUGAGUGCUGAGGUUGUAGAUAGCAAUCCUUAUAGUCGGCUUAUGGCACUUCAGAGAAUGGGUAUUGUGGAGAACUAUGAAAGAAUACGCGAUUUCUCCGUUGCCAUAGUUGGGAUAGGUGGUGUAGGAAGUGUUGCAGCUGAGAUGCUGACUAGAUGCGGCAUAGGUCGACUUUUGUUGUAUGAUUAUGACAAAGUGGAGCUUGCAAACAUGAAUAGGUUGUUCUUUCGUCCAGAUCAGGUUGGUUUGACUAAGACUGAUGCAGCUGUACAGACUCUUUCAGACAUAAACCCUGAUGUUGUACUAGAGAGCUAUACACUGAAUAUCACAACCGUCACAGGUUUUGAAACCUUUAUGUCAAGUUUGAAAAAAAAGUCAUUUUGCCCAAAUAAAGAAGGGAGUGGCGUGGAUCUGGUUUUAAGUUGUGUGGAUAAUUACGAAGCAAGAAUGGCUGUUAACCAGGCCUGUAAUGAAUUGAGUCAAACAUGGAUGGAGUCAGGUGUUUCUGAGGAUGCUGUUUCUGGCCAUAUUCAAUUACUUAUUCCUGGUGAAACUGCCUGUUUUGCUUGUGCCCCUCCUCUGGUUGUUGCAUCUGGGGUAGAUGAACGCACACUCAAGCGUGAAGGGGUCUGUGCUGCCUCUUUACCCACCACUAUGGGGGUUGUUGCUGGCCUUCUAGUCCAAAACACACUAAAAUUAUUGUUAGGCUUUGGACAAGUCUCUCCAUAUUUGGGAUAUAAUUCUCUAAAGGAUUUUUUUCCAACUAUGCAAAUGAAGCCAAACCCUCAAUGUUCAAAUGUUGCUUGCUUGAAAAGACAGGAAGAAUACAUGCUUGCAAAACCAGCAAGAGAUGCUGCAGCCAAAGCAAAAAUGGAAGCUGAAGUACUAUCAACUGAGGAAGUGCCACUUCACGACGAUAACGAAUGGAAUAUAAGUGUUGUUGAUGACGUUGAGCUGGAUGGUCCGGAUACCAGAAGUUCAGAUGUUCUGCCGGAAGGUCUCACACAUGAACUUCCUAGUGCAGACGAGUUUCAUGAGGCAACUCCUGACGCUCCAGUAGCUGACAAUGACGACCUUGAAGAUCUUCGUAGGCAACUUGAAGCCAUUAAUUCUGCAUAGUAUAGUGUCAAAAUAUUUUUGCCUUUUUUAAAGGAAAAAAUUUCUGAACUUAAUUGUUCAAUUGAGCCAGAUUAACUUUGAAAAUUGAGAAAACUAAUGUUAAAUUAUUGACUAUUUUGACAAUC